AUUCAGGCAGUUGGACUAGAUCAAUUCUGAAGUGUCUCUCAGCUCUAAGUCCUGUGACAUUUGAUGGUUUAGGAGCUGGUGACAUUCCACGAUGUGGCUGUGGACUUCACCCCAGAGGAGUGGGGCCUGUUGGACCCUUCUCAGAAAGAGCUGUACAAGGAGGUCAUGGUGGAGAAUGCCCAGAACCUGCUGUCCCUGGGACUUCCAGCUCCCAGAGAAGGAUUCAUCUCCCAUUUUGGACAAGGGGAUGCGCCAUGGAUGCUGGAGCAAGAAGAUGCCAGAACCUCCUGUCCAGAUGGAGAGACAAGGCUUGAAAUGAGGAAGGCUACUGCCAAGUUGAACAUUUCUUCAGAAGAAUCACGACAGCAAAGAUUCAUGAAAAAUGGUGUCUGGGGCUCUGAUAUCACAAUGGAGAAAAAACAAAAGAGUCACUGUGCCUUUGAUCAAGAUGGAAAGAGUUUUAGACAAUGUUCAGCCCUAAUUCCCUGUAAGAAAAUGACCUCAGGGGAAUGCUGUUCACAGGAUUAUAAAUAUAGGGAGAGCUUUACUGAACCAGUAGAGUUGGUUGAGUCUCAUGAGAAGCUUCCUAAAGUGCAAACUUAUGGAUGUGAGAAGACCUUCAGCUUGAAUUCAGAACUAAUUAGAUCUCAGAAAAGUCAUACUGGAGAAAUGCUUGGUAUCGGUAAUGAAGGUGAGAAGGCCUUGAGUCAUAAUUCAAAGCUCACUGACCACCAGAAAAUUCAAAAUGGAAAGCAACAUUAUGCUUGUAUUGAAUGUGGUAAAGCCUUUAAGCGACACUCAUCCCUUAUUUCCCAUCAGAGAAUUCAUACUAGAGAGAAUUCUCAUGAGUGUCAUGCAUGUGGUAAAACUUUCAGGGAAAACUCAUCCCUUAAUUUACAACAGAGAAGACACACUAGAAAGAAACUUUAUGAAUGUAAUCAUUGCAGAGAAACUUAUAGACAAAAGUCUGGGCUUGCUAAGUAUCAGAAAACCCCCACUGGAAAGAAACCUUAUGCAUGUGAUAAAUGUGGAAAGGCUUUCAGAUAUAGAUGUCUUCUUGCUGCACAUCAGAGAAUCCACACUGGAGAGAAACCUUAUGAAUGCAAUCAAUGUGGAAAAACCUUCACACAGAGGUCAGGUCUUGGUCAACAUGAGAAAAUCCACACUGUAGAGAAACCUUAUGCAUGUGACAAAUGUGGAAAGGCUUUCAGACAUAGAUAUCUUCUUGGUGCACAUCAGAGAAUCCAUACUGGAGAGAAACCUUAUGAAUGUGAUGUAUGUGGAAAGGCUUUCAGAAAGAGAUUCAGUCUGGCUGAACAUCAGAGAAUCCACACUGGAGAGAAACCUAAUGAAUGUGAUAAAUGUGGAAAGGCUUUCAGAAAGAGAUGCAGUCUGGUUGCACAUCAGAAAAUCCACAGUGGAGAGAAACCUUAUGAAUGUGAUAAAUGUGGAAAGGCUUUCAGAAAGAGAUGCAGUCUGGCUGCACAUCACAAAAUCCACACUGGAGAGAAACCUUAUGAAUGCAAUCAAUGUGGAAAAACCUUCAUACACAAGUCAGGUCUUGGUCAACAUCAGAAAAUCCACACUGGAGAGAAACCUUAUGAAUGUGAUAAAUGUGGAAAGGCUUUCAGGAAGAGAUACAAUCUGGCUGAACAUCAGAGAAUCCACACUGGAGAGAAACCUUAUGAAUGUAAUCAAUGUGGAAAGACUUUCAGACUCAGCCAGAGUCUGGGUGCACAUCAGAGAAUCCACACUGGAGAGAAACCUUACGAAUGUAAUCAAUGUGGAAAGAGAUUUAGACAGAACUCAGGUCUUGCUGAACAUCAGAGAAUCCACACUGGAGAAAAACCUUAUAAAUGUAAUCAGUGUGGAAAGACUUUCUGCAGCAACUACAAACUUGCUCUACAUCAGAGAAUCCACACUGGAGAGAAACCUUAUAAAUGUAAUCAAUGUGGAAAGACUUUCACACUUAGCUGGAGCCUUUCUACACAUCAGAGAAUCCACACUGGAGAGAAACCUUAUAUAUGUAAUAAAUGUGGAAAGAGCUUCAGACAGUUUUCAACUCUUGCUGGUCAUCAGAAAAUCCACAUUGGAGAGAAACCUUAUGAAUGUGACAAAUGUGGAAAGGCUUUUAGAAGUACCUCUGAACUCACUGUACAUCUAAGAAUCCACACUGGAGAAAAACCCUAUGAAUGCAAGCAGUGUAGAAAGACUUUCACGCGGAGUUCCUAUCUGGCUGCACAUCAGAGAAUCCACACAGGAGAGAAACCUUAUGAAUGUGAUAAAUGUGGCAAGGCUUUUAGAAGUACCUCUGAACUUACUAUACAUCUAAGAAUCCACACUGGAGAAAAACCUUAUGAAUGCAAGCAGUGUAGAAAGGUUUUCGCACAGAGUUCCCGUCUGACUGUACAUCAGAGAAUCCACACUGGGGAGAAACCUUAUGAAUGUGAUAAAUGUGGAAAGGCUUUCAGACUCAGCACGACUCUGACUGCACAUCAGAGAAUCCACACUAGAGAGAAACCUUAUGAAUGUAAUCAAUGUGGAAAGAGCUUCACACAGAGCUCAGGUCUUGCUUAUCAUCAGAAAAUCCACAGGAGAUAGAAACUUUAUGAAUUCAAUCAGUGUGGAAAGACUUUCAUCAGCAACUACAAACUUGCUCUACAUCAGAGAAUCCACACUGGAAAGAAACCCUAUGAAUGUGAUCAAUGUGGUAAAGUCUUCCAUCAACAGCAAUCCCUUAUUUCCCAUUGGAGAAUUCAUAAUAGAAAUCUUAUCACUGUCUUGGAUGAGGAAAGGCAUUCAAAUGCAGUGUAGAGCUCAUUAGACAUCAGAAGAUUCACUCUUGGGAUAAGUUCUAUAUUGACUCAAUGUGGGAAAACCUUCACAGAUCAUCUCUUUAUAUCAGUUGAUUCAAGAUGAUUCCUAGUGGAGAAAAGCUAUGACUGUGUUCAGUGCGGAUGUGCACAUUGCAUGUAUUAUAUUUAAUAGUAAAUGCUAUAAUAAACUUAAAAGAAUGAUCUCAUUUUAUUUCAUGGUUGUGAAUUUUAAAAUAAAAAAUCUAGUAUCACUA